UAUUCAUUUCUUCACCAUUUUUUAAUAUGAGCAAGAGUACCGUUCCGAUCUUGUGGUCCCAGCGCAAGGACCGAAUUUUGUUGACGAUAGACGUUCCCGAAGUUCAGUCAGACACACUAAAGUAUGAAGUAACAGAAAAGCAUUUUCACGCCGAGGGAUCCACUCCCGAUCGAAGCUUUGUAAUAGACCUAGACUUCUAUGGACCGGUUAAAUCAGAGAAUGUCGUAGCAGGUGUUCAUGGCAAACAAACCCAAUUCACUCUAGACCGCGCAGAGGCCGGCGAGUACUGGCCCCGUCUCCUCUCAGACACCCUGAAAUUCCCCUGGCUCAAGGUGGACUGGAAUCACUGGAUCGACGAAGAGGAGGAGAACAAGAAACCAGGCUACGAUAUGGAUGGCGACUUUUCUAAGAUGUGCGACAACGAGAACUUCGACGACGACGACGACGACGAUGAGCCGUUGGAAGAUCCAGCGGAUGACGAAUCCUCCGAAGAAGAAAAAGAUGACGAAAAGUCACCCGAAAAUGCCGAAACUUCCCCUCCAGCAGACGCCUAAAGCUGAACUAACUGAGAACAGACAAAAAAAAUAGCUAAUUCACGAAUGUCACCAAAUUUCUGAGGGGGAUGUCCGUGAUCCGGUUAAGUAAAACAACUUUUUCUUUUAGUGCUGA